AUGGAGGCGGAGCUUGAGAAGUUGGGCUUAAAUAUUCAGCAAAAUCUAGUGGUAGAGAACGGGAAUUGGAGAUGGAGAAAUGGAUCGGAGGAGCUGUUUUCGGUCAGACAGAUUAGAAAAGACAUCGAAAAUGCAAAGCUGGAGGGUGCGGCUAAUGAUCUGGUAUAUGUUUGGAACAGUUGGGCUCCAUCUAAAGCGAAUUUUUUGCUUUGGAGAGCUCUUUUAGGUAGGAUUGCUUCUAGAGAAGGUCUUGCUCGCAGGGGAGUGUUGCUAUCGGAGAUUGGAUGUCCUCGUUGCGGUCUCGAGUUGGAAAUUCCGGAUCACAUCUUCAUUAAGUGUUUGUGGGCUAGAAGUAUUUGGUGGAAUGUUUUAGCCUGGGUCCGUAUUCGUUUCCCGGUUGAUUGUGAGACGAUUCUGGAUUUUAUAAACUAUGUUAAGGAUUGUCCGGGUGGGAGGAUUUGGAAACGGGUAGUGAACACCAUCGUGAUAGCAACAGUUUGGAGAAUAUGGAAUGCGAGAAAUGCUAAGGUUUUUGAAAACUGUUUUAUCCCGAUGUCGAAGUCUGCGGAGGCCAUCAAAGAAGAUGCUUUUCUUUGGAUUAGAAACCGGUCGAGAAACUUCAAUCCGAAAUGA